AAUUAAAAUGUUUGUGUUUAGAAAAUAAUUAAACAUUUUAAUUGUUUACGUAUGCCAAUUUGAACACUUAAUUUUCGGCUUUAAAAACUCGAUAUCGUUCAUAAUAAUAGGAACAAUAAUAAUUAAUAACUCUAACUUGAAACAAAUGAAAAUAAAAAUUAAAUUAAAUUAAAUAUGUUGUUAUUUAAACAAAUAAAAAUCACUAAUUGGUAAAAUGGAUGACGCAUGAUAGAGUCGGUAUGCUUGUUUUCCAAGAAAUAGGUUUAUUGAUUUUGUAAAUGCAAAACUAAUUAAAACCCUAAUUAAACCUCUCCUAAAACCCUAAAACCUCCCAAAAAACUCCUAAAACAACUUGCCCUAAUGGCUAUGUCAAGGUCUUGUAUGGUUCUCCGCAGAGCUUUCUCUACAGUUGCUCCUCGUGCCCUUCGUACAGUUCCCUCUCCAGAAAUUCUCUCUGCGGCAGUUAGUAAGAUGGAUAUCUCUUCUUACAGUGCCCGCCAUUUCUGUACGGACGCCAAGAAGAUUAAUCUACUUGAUCAGAAACUCAUCAAAGCUUUGAAAUCCAGAAUCUCACCCAACGAUCGAUUAGCCGUGAUGGAAGCUAUGCCACCGGUUCCAGCUGGUUUCCCUUUCGCAAUCGAAGACGUCAGCUAUUAUAAUUCGAUCAAGCUGAAAAGGGAGCUCGACGACGGAGAGAUAAUCGAUGUUGAGGUCGACCUUCCCGGUUCGGUUAAAUACACUCGCACAAACGGCGAUACUGUGCCAACUGUUCUUCUACGAGUGAACAUCUUGAAAAAAAACGGAAACGGGCUGAAAUUUAAUGCUUCUGCUACUUUUGAUGGUAUUAGGGUUACUGACGUGACGGUGACGGAGCCUGAUCCGGAUGAUUCUGAAUUUCCGACCCGUUUUGGACCGUAUACACUGGAGGAAGGCAGUGAUUUGCAAUCUUCUUUGGGAGAGUUUAUUGAAAAGAAAGGGGUUGAGAAAAAAUAUGUUGAGUUUCUAUACAAUUACUUGUUCAAGAACGAUGACCGGCGCGAUGUUCUUAUGGUGGAUAAAAUGGAGAAGUUUUUCGACGAAUGAAGAAAGACGAUGACAUGUAUAUUAAUUAAUUAGCUCGAAAAUUUCGAAUAUUGUUUCAGCAUCUUUUCUUUAUUUGCAUGUCUUGGUUUUCUUCCCUAGUUUUAAUUAGGGUUCUCAAUUGUUUUCUCCAAUUUAAUUAUGUGAAUCCAUCAUUGGUUUUAUUUAAUUUAGUUAGAUGAUUUUAUUUACUUCACUCAAUAUAUCUUAUCUAUCCCAUCUAAUAUACUUUUUCUCAACAAAAAAUUAAGAAGAAACUUAAAUUCUGAAGAGAAACAAAUUUAUUUAUG